ACCUCUCUUUCAUGCUCCCUUUCACACUCUCCCUUCACAUAAAACCUUGCAAUAUUUUUUCUUCUCGUGCUAAUUAACUUUGCACAAAACUAAAGUUCACUUUCCAAACAUGGAAGAAAUCGAAGUCCCUCAAUACUUCAUCUGCCCAAUAUCCCUCCAAAUCAUGAAGGACCCCGUGACGGCCAUAACGGGCAUAACGUACGAUCGAGAAAGCAUCGAACAUUGGCUAUUCACGAACAAGAACACAACAUGCCCCGUGUCGAAACAAGCCCUUGCUAGAGACUCUGACCUAACACCUAACCACACCCUUCGACGCUUGAUCCAAGCUUGGUGCACCCAAAACGCUUCACUAGGCAUCGAUCGCAUUCCCACCCCGAAACCCCCACUCAACAGAAUCCAAGUGGUGAAGCUCCUCAAAGCCCUCGAUGACCCCAAGAUGCAACACAAAAGCCUCGCGCAGUUGGAGCUUCUCGCCGCGGAAAACGAGAGGAACAAAAAGUGCUUGCUUGAGGCGCGUGUGCCUAGGGCCAUGAUCAUGUUCAUCGUCAAUUGUCACCGCAAUGGCCAACUCCAAAAGGGUCUUGAAGAAGCCCUUAGUAUAUUGCAAUUCGUUAAGAUCCCCGCAGAAGAAUGUGCGCUGCUUUUAAAGGAAAACGAGCAGAUAGUGGAUUCUCUAACAUGGAUUCUAAGCCGUGAGAACAUGGAAAACUCUAUGGCCGUGAAGUCCCACGCGGUUCUAGUACUAAAAAAAGUGAUAAACAAAAGCGACACGUGUCACAUUCUGGAGAGAGUGAAGCCGGAGUUCCUGGAACGCAUGGUGAGGGUCCUAAGAGAAGGGCUGAGCCAGCAAGGCGUGAGCGCAGCGCUGCAAGUGUUGCUAAGCGCAUGCUCGCUGGGCCGAAACCGGGUCAUGAUGGUGGAAUCCGGUCUGGUCCACGAGCUCAUCGAGAUCGAGCUAACCGGACCGGAGAAGCGAGUCACGGAACUGACGCUGGCGAUUCUCUUCCACCUCUGCUCCUGCGCCAACGGCAGAGCCAAGUUUCUCAGCCACGAGGGCUCCAUCGCGGUGGUCACCGAGAGGAUGAUGAGGGUUUCCGCGGCGGUGGACGACAGCGCCGUGUUUGUUUUGUCGCUGGUUUCCAAGUUUUCCGGCACCAACGUUGUCCUGCAGGAGAUGCUGAGGGUGGGAACGGUGGCCAAGCUUUGCAUGCUGCUUCAGGCGGAUCGUGGUAAGUACUUGAAAGACAAGGCCAUGGAGAUGCUCAAGUUGCACUCUGAGGUUUGGAAGAAUUCUCCUUGCUUUCCCAUUCCCUCCUUUUAUGCCUUGUCGUGAUGUCGUGAUGUGGCGGUUUCUCUCAUCGCCACCUUGCUUUUGUUCUCAAUGUCAAGUGUCAAAUAUCUUACACAACACAUGGAAAUCAUUUUUCUUUCUUCUUCCUGGAUGUCACGCAACUGUAAUAUAGUUUACAGUUUAUACGUUAUAUUUUCAUGAGAAAGUAGUUUUUAUCGUAAUUAAGAUUG